AUGGCUAUAAAUAAUUCUUUGAUAAAUUACCAACCAAAUGAUCAAAUCUUUGGUUUCACUGGUAUUGACAACAAAGGUUACUACGAUCUUACUAGUUUUGGUCGAAAUUACAAUCAGAAAUUAUCAAAUUUUCUACAACAACAACAACAACAACAACAACAACAACAACAACAACAACAACAACAACAACAACAACAACAACAACAACAACAACAACAACAACAACAACCUAUUUGCUAUUCUAAAUAUGGCGAUGAUAUAAUGUAUGAUGGAAGAAAACAGUGUAAUGUUGUGAAACCAUCUUUAUCUAUUGAUCAUCCAAAAUCAUCGAUCAUAUCUGAUAUGCCAAUUUUCAACAGUAACGAUUUUCUUGUUUAA